AUGCCACGGAAUACAGCUCUCAAUGUGCAGUUUACUGACAAAGGCAAAAAAUGGAGUAUUGAUCAACUUCGAGCUACUGAUUCCACCAUCAGAUUGCAGUCUGGUACAAACAAAUGUGAUUCACAACGAGGAAUGACAGGAUUCGGGACACCACGAGACGUAAGAGGAAAACAUUUGAAAAGACUAUGGGAAUUGGAGUUUCCGGAAGAAACGCUUGAUGGAAAUGCUGCUACGAAUUCCGUGAACACCAUACCGGAAGAUUCUUUCAAGGAACCACCUACUGCACCACCAAAACCAUACAACCCUCACAGUACAGUGAGUGAUCAAUGA